AUUCAACUCUUGGUUAGCUUCUGUCGAUGAUAGUCGUUUCUUCCAACAUGACGCUAUUCACAUCGCCUUACACCGUCCUCGGUGUUUUACAGGCCUUGCUUGGAUUCGCCGCUGUAGGAUUGGCCUGCCUAUGCGUGUAUCGUCUUUUUUUCCAUCCAUACGCAAAAUAUCCGGGUCCCCUCCUCGCGAAGCUUACCAGCUGGUACUCGGUAUACCACGCUUAUACGGGCGACCUUCACAUCGAUAUAUGGGCAUGCCAUCAGAAAUAUGGGGACCUCGUUCGAUACGCGCCAAACAGGCUCUUGGUGAACACUGACGUUGGCCUUAAAUCAAUAUACGGCUUCGGCAAAAACGUGCAGAAAUCGAAGGCGUACCAUCGCAUCUCACUGGUCAAGGGGGCAGAAGCCCUCCAGAGCGUCGUCAACAAACCCACGCACGGAAAACUGCGAAGAAUCAUCAGCCAGGGCUUCGCGGAAUCCUUCAUACGGGCGUCGUCAUCCGAGGUGCUGGGCGUGGCCCGCAUCCUGUGUCGUCGACUGGGCGAGCCGCGUGAUGAUUUCGCGCAAGUGCCCUUUGCCAGCACGGAUUAUGAUGAUGAUAAUCAUGGCUGGACAUGUCCCAAGAACAUGGCCGUUUGGUCCGAUCUCUACACCUUUGAUGUCAUGUCUCGGGUAGUCUUUGGGAGCUCGUACGACAUGCUCGAGAGCUCCGAAAACCACUGGAUCAGCCACGCGAUCCAAGGACAGCUCCGUCGCAUCAGUUACCUGUUCCAGCUGCCCGAGCUUGAGGAUCUGGGUCUCCACAGAGUCAUGUUUCCGGACGCACGGCGGCGCGCAUUCAGGUUCUCUCAGAAGAGCAAACAGCUCAUGGAUACGAGGCGAGGGGCCGGGAAACCCAGACCCGAGGCCGACAUCUUCUCGUUGUUGGUCGAGGCCAGGGAUCCCGACACGAACGAGGCCUUGUCGGAGCAACAGCUGUGGGCGGAGAGCAACCUUCUCAUCAUUGCAGGAUCCGACACGACGUCGACCGGCAUCGCUGCAACCUUUUUCUAUCUCUCGCGCAACCCCGCUGCAUACAGGAAAGUAGUGACCGAAGUGCGCAAGACGUUCCACUCGAGUGGCGACGUGAAACCCGGGCCGGCGCUGUCGUCGUGCGUCUACCUGCGAGCCUGCGUGACCGAAGCCAUGCGCCUCUGCCCCCCGGCUGCCGGAGCAAUGUGGCGCGAGGUGCUCACCGGGGGCCUCCUUAUUGGCGACGAGCACAUUCCCGAGGGCCUGGAUGUAGGAACGGGUAUCUUCGCGUUGCAGCACGACGAACGAUACUUCCCGCAGCCCCUCAAGUACUGGCCGGAGCGGUGGCUGGCGGAGCAUGUCGGACAACCGGCCGUCGACGUGGCAAAUAGCGCGUACACGGUGUUCUCCAUCGGCCCGCGGAACUGCGUGGGGAGAUCGCUCGCCAUGCUGGAGCUCAUGGUGUGCAUGGCCACGGUCAUCGCCGACUACGACUUCCGCGCCGCUUCGGGGCACCUCGGCCGCGUGGGCGAAGGGAAGGGGUUGGUAGAGGGCCAGUACCAGGUCAAGUGGGCGUUCACUAGCGACAAGGACGGACCGUAUAUCCAGUUCAAGAAGGCUUGCCGAGACGGAGAUGUGCCGGAGAAGGCCGGCGGUGGGCUGUAAAACUGUGAUGGAACAGCGGACCGGAUCUCUUCACUGCCUACACAUCUUCUCUGUCCUGUGUAUGACUUCAAGCUCUUGGACGACUAUACAUGUCCACAGACAGUUGUCUUUUGGCAGUUAUCAUUGGGCACAUGAGCAGGGCCCUCGGGUGUCUAACUUUACGCGCAGUUCAUCAAUGCGCAAAGGAACAGAUUCUUAUGACAAAAUCACAAUUUUGGUUGCUUCAUUUGACA